AUGGCUUCCAAAAAACCUGUUAACCGCCCAUCAGUUAGGCACCCGAGUCACAACCAUCCAUUGCGCGUCUUUAAGGCCCAAAAUGAAGAUGAGAUUAUCUGUUCAGGAUGCGAGCUCGACCUAACCGGACAAGCUUUCAAGUGUACGAAGGACUGUGAUUACUUCUUGCACAAGUCAUGUUUUGACCUACCUCGUGAAAUCAAUCACAAGUCUCAUCCUGACCAUCCCAUAACCCUGUUUUAUUCCCCAUCUUAUGAUCAUCAGUCUUACGAGUGUGACGCUUGCGGUGAGUACGGAUCAGGAUUCACUUACAAUUGUUCUGUGUGUAAAUACGACGUUCAUGUCGGAUGUGCUUUCAUCCCUGAGACCGUGGAUCGUGAAGACCACAAACACCCACUCACUCUACUUUACAAGAUUCCAUGCGAAGAUGGCAAGAUGUACGUAUGUGAUGUUUGUGAAGAAGAGGUAUCGGAGAAUCUUUGGACUUAUUACUGCAAAGAAUGUGAUUACGGUACGCAUGUGCAUUCUUGCGCCCUUGAUGAAGAUUAUGAGAAGGAAGAGGAGGAGAAUCGAGAAUCCAGCUCCGCGGCUUCAAGGAUGAAGUCGUUGAUGAAGGCUCAAGACGAGAUUGCGGCGAUGAAGCUCGAGUCACGUAUGAAGAAAGCCGCUAAUAAUGCUAUUAUUUAUUCCAUAAGAUGA